GGGAGGUUUGUUCAUCCGCAGGGACAGAGGGAAAAACGAUCAGAACCGUGGGCAGGUGGAUGUUAGAGACAGUAUGGCACUAAUUGACAUUAGAAGGUUAUCCAGCUACCAUGCCAGGAUAUCUGAGGCCAUCCUCAUCAUGCAUCACAACUCGACACUUUAUCAGCUCGCUGUAUACACUGCACUAGUGGAGCCAUUCGAAGCCCAUCUCGGAUCAGACUACAUGGUACUCGGAGAGAUCGAAGCUACUGAAGGUGUGUGCAACAUUCCCGUGAUUCAGGCUAGGUUGCUGAUGUGUGUAGACGGGAUUAACCUGCCACUUUUGGAGCGAGCCAUACAGGAACAGAGAAAAUAUUUCCAGGAGCGAGAUGGAAGAAGUGACCUUGAAACUGAGGAAGUGAAGUAAAAGAAACAAAAAAAAGCCCUUUUAAAUCAGAUAAACCAUUUACUGCUGGCACCUGUUUGCUGCAUCCAAAUCGACUGGCAGCCAGUAGUGAUAUCUAUUAGCCCAUAUUAGCUUUGAAUCAGCCUGGGUUCGAGGAUGAUAUUGUAAUUUUGAAACUUGUUCACAUCUGCUACUGGCUGCAGCUAGAUGCAAUUUACUGUUUGAAUAUUUUGGUGUAUUCAGCCAAAGAUGAUAUAGUGUUUGGACAUAUUGGAAGGUUUGCAUGUUGUUGCUGAUCUCUGGAGUGUUUAUCUUGUCAUUAUCACACACAUUUGCUUGGUAAAUACUUGAAAUGACAGCUUAUUGUUUGACACUGCGAUGUAUACAGAUUGUCCUGUGGUGGUGGCACUGUGAUACAAUUAGCUAAUCUUGCUAAAUAAAGCACUUUGUUCUGAUAA